AUGGAUUCAUUAAAAUAUAUUUUACACGACUAUUGGGUCGAAGAGACGGACCCCCAGAUCGCUGACUACCCGCUAAUGAGUGGCGGACCCGAAAUAUUAAUGACAAUUAUGUUGUUAUGGCUAUUAUUUGUCACAAAAUUGGGACCAAAUCUCAUGAAACACAGAAAUCCGUUUGUUUUGCGCGAAAUAAUAAUGAUUUAUAACUUUAUAUUAGUUGUAAUCAACGCAUACUUUGUUUACGCGUCGAUCAAGUGGUUAGACUACGGACGCAAAUCAUGGCUAACUAGACUACCGGCCCGUAACCAGUGGUCGGACAAAGCGAUCGAUGAAUUACCAGAGAAAGCGUUCUACGCCUACACUAAACUCUUUGAUUUAUUCGAUACCGUAUUCUUUGUGUUGCGAAAAAAGUCAAACCAAGUCUCGUUUCUUCACGUUUACCAUCAUUUUAUGGUUCCUAUAUUGGGAUAUAUUGGAGCAAAACUGUGUCCACAAUCUGUGGCCGUAGAAGUGUUUUGUUUGCUUAACUCUAUUGUACACACAGUUAUGUAUAGCUAUUACCUGUUGUCGGCAUUUGGACCCCAAAUACAGCCCUAUUUANGAAGUGUUUUGUUUGCUUAA